GAAGAUGGAUGGGUUGUUUGUAGAGUAUUCAAGAAAAAAAAUCUAUUCAAGGUCAACGGAACAGAAGGAGGGACAAACACGAACUCUGGCUUAGACCAUCAUACUCAACAAUUUACCAACUCAUUAAACACAAACCAACAACGCACUAACUUUUUGCACAGAUCAGAUAAUCACCACUAUAUGUUACGUCAACACCAAAAUACUAAUAAUAUAAUCCAACCAAGUUUUGAACUUGAUAAGCAUGAAUUAGCCCUUCAUUAUCCCCAUAACAUCUUAACACCUCAUCAAUACUCUAUCUUUCAAUCACAAACCCAAAUACCAACUCACAAUUACUUAGCUCCAAAUAUGCCUGCACCAGACUCUUCAUCUAUUAUGCUCAAACAACUCAUGACAUCUAACCCCAGAGAUUGUGAGAGUACCGGCAGUGAAAGCCUUAGGUAUCCAUCCACAACUUGCGAGCCUAGUCUAGAGGUUGGCACCUGUGGUGAACCAGUUACUCAAACUAUACAAAUGGUUAAUACAGAAAGAGAACAUGACCAAGGGCUGAGUGAAUGGGCCAUGCUUGAUCGUCUAGUUACUUCUCAUAUUGGGACUCAAGACUCUGCUUCUAAAGAUGGGAGGUUUGAGGAAUCUACACCAAUUAAUCAACUUUCAUUACGUGGAGAGAUGGAUUUAUGGGGCUAUGCCAAAUAA